AUGCUGGAGACGCAGAAUGUCAAGAGCCUGCAGGUGGGCAUCAAGCACAAGUUGAUGGGUGUGGAUGCCGACUUGCGGUUCUGGGGCGUGUAUCCGACGAGGAAUGAGAAGGCGUGUGAGAAGGGGUGGUUCUGUCCGUACUUGUUUGCGAGUGCGAGGACGCCGCAGGUGCCGAGAGCGAAUGAUUUUGGGAUGGCGUGUUUCUACGGGCCGUUUCUGGGUGGUGACUUCGCCCUCACAACAACCGCCCUCCUCCCAUCGAUGCCCUCAAUCCUCUCCUUCUGCCCUUCGGACCCAAGAACCGACAUUGGAACCAACCGUCUCCUCCUCUUCUUCACCGGCAUCUCUCCCUACCGCGGCAACAUGUGGUCCACCAGCCGCCGCCCCGGCUGCGGCACCCUGAUCUUCCACCUCAUGGACGGGUGUCCAGGCCUCGUCAUCCCCGUCACGAGCAACGCGCCCAUCUGCGCCUGGAGCCCCUGGACCCUGUCGGAAAUGCGAGCCUGGCAGGCGUCUCAGAUGAUGGCCAUGUGCGGGCUGUCGGCACCAGCCGGGAAGACGGCCGGUCCCACAGGCUACUCACCCGAAUGGCAGCACGAGCAGAUUUGCGAGUGGCUGGACACGAUCAUCAGCGUGCCGCAUAUUGAACCGGCCAUCAGGGACCGGUACGUCGAGGUGUUGGGGAGGAGUGUGAGUUUGGUGAUUAAUGGGGCGCUCGCGCUGGAUAAGCCUCAUAUUCGCCCUUUGUUGGCAAAGUUGGAUCCAGAGAGGGCGGGGAUUGUGGCGUUUAGGUAUUAG